AUGUCUUCCCAAUCUGAAAAGCCUUCCUGUCUGGUCAUUGGUGCUGGAGGAGUAGGUGUCAUCACAACCUACUCUUUAUUUAACGCUGGACUGAGUGAAGUGUCACUGGUAGUCCGCUCUGAUUAUGAUCAUGUUGUGGAACAUGGCUACUCAAUUGAUUCCUGUGACUACGGAAUCGUUGAAAACUGGAAACCUCACCAUUUGUUCCGUACGGCAACUGACGCUGCCAAAUCUGGAUAUUUCUUCGAUUACAUUGUCGUCACUGUGAAAAAUAUCCCAGAUGGCCCUAAAAGCGGGACAGUUCACGAAAUCGUGCGUCCCGUAAUAUUGUCUAACCACCAAAUAAACGCAGCACGUACCACCAGCGUCGUGCUAAUUCAAAAUGGACUGGACAUCGAAAAAGAGCUCUUCGAGCAUUUUGACCCAAACCACUACAAACUCGCCCUCCUUUCGGGUGUGCAACUGAUUGGUUCUACAAAAGUGAGUACCGGGAAAGUGGUUCAGAUCGGUCAGGAUAGAUUAAGCGUGUCGCCGUUCGAUUCAAAAGAUGAAGCUGCCCUUGAACAAGCAAAAUUGUUUGCUUCCAUCUACUCCAACGAAGGCCAAAAUGAAGUCAAGUUUGAGAACAACGCACGUCAUACGCGUUGGAAGAAACUGCUAUACAAUGCUGUUGUCAACACAACUACGGCACUUGCUCAACUUGAUGCUACUAGAUGUUUGAAGCUUUCGAAAAAUGGCACAAGUACAGAGCAAAACCUGUGGGUACCUGGAAUGAUGGAGAUCAUAGCCAUUGCCGCUAGUGAGGGAGUUGUCGUCGAACCCAGAGAAAUGGAUUUCUUUCUCAAUUUCACGAAGACUUACAUCUAUAAACCGUCUAUGUGUGUCGAUUAUGAAAAAGGUCAGCUUAUGGAACUCGAAGUCAUUCUUGGUAAUCCUUUGAAGAUAGCCGAGAAGAACGGGGUUCCCGCUCCCACUUUGUUUGUUAUCUACCAAUUAAUGACAAUAUUACAGGGAAAGACCAAAGAACGUCGGGGUCUGAUUCGCUUCAACGAGACAACUAAAGAAGUCGAAACUGUUGUCGAAUAA